AUGCUUUAUGAGAGAACAAAUGGACGUUCUAGAGGUGGUCAGUCUACAAGUUCUAGAGGUGGUGGUCUUCAUCAUUCCGCAAGUUCUAUGAAACAAUAUGAUGAUGAUGAGUAUGAGAAUGACAAUUACGAGAAUGAUGAUUAUGAUCAAGAUGAUACUUACUCUUCUUAUAAAACUAGUGAUCGAGGUUCUCCUGUUAAAAUUUGUGAUCGAGAUCAAUCUAUUAUUCAUGAUCAAGAUCCGUCUGAUGUUUUGAAUGCAGUUGAUAAUCAAGAGCAAAGUCCUUCUGUCACGACUCACAAAGAAUCUUAUUCUAUUAACAAAAAAUCUUAUGUUGAUGAUGUUGACGACUUUGUAGAUGAUCAUCCUGAUACUCGUCAAAAUACUAAUAAUUCUAUAAAAGAUUCAAACCCAAAUAUACCACAUCCUGGCAAACCUUUAAAUAAUAAACAAAUUUAUUUUACGUUACAAACCUUCGGGACUCUGAGACAGUCAAAGAUAACAGUAUCAUCUACAAAUGAAGCUAAGUCUUCAAUGUUUA